GGCGCCUGCACCCGCUCGGGCCGACGUCUGGGGGCUCCCGGGGCCCACUGCCCACCUCCACUGGGGUGUCGUCGCAGGGCCGCCUCCAUGUUGCGAUUUCCGACCUGUUUCCCAUCCUUCCGGGUGGUGGGAGAGAAGCAGCUGCCGCAGGAGAUCAUUUUCCUGGUCUGGUCGCCCAAGCGGGAUCUCAUUGCGCUGGCCAACACCGCGGGCGAGGUUUUGCUUCAUCGACUGGCCAGUUUCCACCGGGUCUGGAGUUUCCCACCUAAUGAAAACACAGGAAAGGAGGUGACCUGUCUGGCAUGGAGACCAGAUGGCAAACUUUUGGCCUUUGCUCUUGCUGACACCAAGAAGAUCAUUUUGUGUGAUGUGGAGAAGCCAGAGAGCCUGCACUCUUUUUCCGUGGAGGCGCCGGUUUCUUGUAUGCAUUGGAUGGAAGUCACUGCAGAGAGCAGUGUGCUGACGUCCUUCUAUAAUGCCGAGGACGAGUCCAACCUUCUCCUGCCCAGGCUGCCCACACUGCCGAAAAAUUACAGCAACACCUCAAAAAUAUUUAGUGAAGAAAACUCGGAUGAAAUUAUUAAGCUCCUGGGAGAUGUCAGGCUUAACAUCCUUGUCCUUGGAGGGAGCUCUGGCUUUAUUGAGCUUUAUGCCUAUGGAAUGUUCAAAAUUGCACGCGUCACCGGGGUUGCUGGGACGUGCCUUGCUUUAUGUUUGUCAAGUGACUUGAAGUCCUUAUCGGUGGUCACAGAGGUUGUGACGGAUGGUGCCGCAGAAGUCUCAUACUUCCAGCUGGAAACAGCCCUGCUGUACUCGUUCCUACCUGAGGUCACACGGAUGGCCAGGAAGUUUACCCACAUCUCCGCGCUCCUGCAGUAUAUAAACUUGUCACUGACAUGCAUGUGUGAAGCCUGGGAAGAAAUACUCAUGCAGAUGGAUUCUCGACUCACCACGUUUGUGCAGGAAAAGAACACCACCACGUCAGUGCAAGAUGAGUUCAUGCACCUGCUGCUAUGGGGGAAAGCCAGUGCUGAACUUCAGACGCUCUUAAUGAACCAGCUGACUGUAAAGGGCUUAAAGAAGCUCGGCCAGUCCAUAGAGUCCUCAUAUUCCAGUAUACAGAAGCUGGUCAUCAGUCACCUGCAGAGUGGCUCGGAGUCUCUGCUGUACCACCUGAGUGAGCUGAAAGGAAUGGCCUCCUGGAAGCAGAAGUACGCGCCCCUCGGGCUCGAUGCGGCAGGAAUCGAAGAUGCUAUCACUGCCGUGGGCUCUUUCAUCCUCAAGGCAAAUGAGCUUCUGCAAGUGAUAGAUAGCAGUAUGAAAAACUUCAAAGCCUUUUUCCGGUGGCUCUAUGUCGGAGGAGUAGAUCAUUCUGAGCCUGAGAAAACAGAUCAGAAACACGAGAUGACUCAGAAAGAUACCACCUUUGUCGCUGAUUUUCUCACAGAACAUUUCAACGAGGCCCCAGACCUUUAUAACCGAAAAGGCAAAUACUUCAAUGUGGAAAAGGUUGGCCAGUACUUGAAGGAUGAAGAUGACGACCUUGUGUCGCCCCCGAACACAGAAGGAAACCAGUGGUAUGACUUCCUUCAGAGCAGCAGCCACCUGAAAGAAAGCCCUUUGCUGUUUCCUUAUUACCCUCGAAAAUCACUGCAUUUUGUGAAAAGGCGGAUGGAGACCAUUAUUGAUCACGGUUUGCAGAAGCCAGCGGAUGUCAUUGGAAAGUCCAUGAAUCAAGCCAUCUGUAUCCCACUCUAUAAAGAUACCAGAAGCGAGGACUCUGCCCGCAGGCUGCUCAAGUUCCCCUUUCUGUGGAAUAAUAAAACUUCUAAUCUCCAUUAUCUUAUUUUUACCAUUUUAGAAGAUUCCCUUUAUAAAAUGUGUAUCUUAAGAAGACAUACUGAUAUCUCCCAGUCUGCCAGUAACGGGCUGAUUGCUGUUAAAUUUGGGAGCUUCACCUAUGCCACAACUGAGAAGGUGAGACGCAGCACCUACAGUUGUUUAGAUGCACAGUUCUAUGAUGAUGAAACCGUGACGGUGGUGCUCAAGGACACUGCGGGACGUGAAGGAAGAGAUCGCCUCUUGGUCCAGUUGCCUCUGUCUUCUGUCUAUCACGGCGAAGAGUCUGCAGACUACCAGUUUAGUGGGACUUACUCCACGAGACUGGAUGAGCAGUGCGGGGCCAUCCCCACUCGGACCCUGCACUUCGAGAAGCACUGGAGGGUGCUGGAGAGCAUGAAGGCGCAGUAUGUGGCUGGGAACGGCUUUCGGAAAGUGUCCUGUGUGCUGAGCUCCAAUCUCCGCCACGUGCGAGUGUUUGAAAUGGACAUCGAUGACGAGUGGGAGCUGGACGAGUCCUCGGACGAGGACGAGGAGGCGGGCGGCAAGCCGGGGAAGAUCACGGAGGAGGCACUGGCCGAGGCCGAGGCGGGGGCCCAGCCCACUGGGGAGGCCACUGCACCCCCUGAGGUGGCUGUUAAAGUGGAGAAGCUUGACCCCGAGCUGGACUCCUGACCCACGCACCCUGGCUCUGUGUUUUCUCUGCUGUCAGAGCAAGGUGGACAGAGGCAAUUGUAACCACUUGGAAUCUUUUCUGUGGAACAAAGAAAUAAAUGGGAUUUAUGUACUUUCA